AUUUAUUUAUUUUCCCUCUUAUUGUAGCCAAGGUAAAUAUCCUGAUAACAGAAUGCCCUUUAAACUUGGAACUCUAGAGGUUUUGAGGGGAACAGUGUUCAGUUAGUUUAAGUUUGUGGCCUGUUUUCACUGUAAAAUGAUAAAUUCUAUCUUUACUGAUAUAAAGCAUGCCAAAUGGAAGAAGAAUUCUGCAAGUCUAGUUAGGCUAUUUGGAGAAAUAAAUAAAAAUAAUGUUUUCAGUGAAGUAACUUGUGUUACAAAAUACUAUGGACAUUAGAGCAUUUGUGAAUAACUUUGAAAAUUCAGUUAAUAAUUUACCGAAGCAAUAUUUGGAGUUUUCGCAGAUGGUGAAAACUAUUGAUGGAGACGGCAAUGAAGAUGAGAUUUAAAGGCUGUUUUUUCUUCCUAGUUAUGAUGAAUUCAGGCAAACUCUUUGCAGAAGAUAAACUUUGUGAUUUGCCACAUAUAGAAAAUGGAAAGAUUGCCCCAUACUAUUAUAAUUUCAAAAGUUACUAUUUUCCUAUGCGUACAGAGAAAAAACUUUCCUAUUCUUGUGUUGCUGGUUAUACAACCGAAACUGGGACUCAAGAUGGAAGAAUAACUUGUACAGCAAAAGGAUGGUCUCCAGUGCCACAGUGCUACAAAAAAUGUAAGAAGCCUCUUUUGGAAAAUGGCUUUUUUUAUGGUACAGAAAUGUCCUUCAAAAUACAUGAGAAACUGCAGUACAAAUGUAAUCUAGGCUACCACGCUCCAAAUGGUGGUACCGAGGAUACAGUACAAUGUCAAGCGGAUGGAUGGUCCUCACAGCCAAGCUGUACUAAAAAUUUUGAGUCAUGCCAAGUACCUGAUUUACAUCAUGGCUAUUACUUCACAACCCAGCAAGAGCUUCGAGUGAAUGAAACACUGCUAUAUAAAUGUGAUGAGGGAUAUCAUACUGCAGGAGGAAACACUACAGAAGAAGCAAGGUGCCUAGCACGUGGGUGGUCCCUUACUCCAAACUGCACUAAAAUAACUUGCUACCCUUUGAAUGGAAUAGAACAUGGAAGUUUCUAUCCUGUGAAGAAAAUCUAUGAAGAGGGAGAUGUUGUUCAUUUUUUCUGUGAGGCAAAUUAUUCUUUCCAUGAAUUUGACCUAAUUCAAUGUUACUAUUUUGGAUGGUAUCCAGAUCCUCCAGUGUGUGAAGAUGUAAGAAAUAAAUGUCCUCCACCACCACUUCCUCCUCAUGCCCACAUCAUCACAGUUAGGAGAACAUAUCAUAAUGGUGACAAAGUUCGUAUACAGUGUCAAAGUAAAUUUGAAAUAAGAGGAUCUGAGGAAAUUCACUGUGAAAAAGGAAAAUGGACAUCACCCCCUAUUUGUAUAGGAUCUAUAAAUAAACAGGAAUCUGAGGCAACAUCACUCAAGCUAGAUGCAGCAAUGAGGACAAGCAAAACAUAUCACAGUGAAGAAAUGAAAAUACAGCAGAGCUGUACCUCUCCACCAGUGAUUAAAAACGGUGUUCUUCUUAGCCCUCUAUUGCUUAGCUACAAAAAUGGUUCUUCAGUAGAGUAUGGUUGCCAGCUUUACCAUUUUUUGGAUGGACCUAGCACUGUUUACUGCAAUCAAGGAAACUGGACAGAACAACCGGCUUGCUUAGAUCCAUGCAUUCUUAAUGUAACUGCUAUAAACAGUAACAACAUAGAGUUAAAAUGGAGACAGGAAGAAUUGAUGUUCCUACAUGGUGACCUCAUAGAGUUUGAAUGUAAAGAGGGAUAUGAUUUUCCCCAGACUACCCUUCCAUCUCCUGGGAGGACGCAGUGUAACCAUGGGAGACUGAAAUACCCAAAAUGUGUCGUUAAAGCUCCUAUGGAAAAAUGUGACUCUCCACCUUCUAUUGCAAAUGGGGCUCUUACUCUCCCACCCCUGACCCAGUAUGAGAGUGGUUCUUCAGUUCAGUAUAGUUGCUAUGACUAUCAUUUCUUGCAAGGAUCUGAGAGAAUCUACUGUUCUGCAGGCCAGUGGACUUCACCACCAGUUUGUAUAGAGCCAUGCACUUUGUCAAAAAAUGAAAUGGAGAAAAAUAACGUGUUGCUGGAAGGGUUUUAUGAGAACCAGGUUUACUUUUACCAUGGGGAUUAUGUUGGAUUUUACUGCAAACAGAACCAUUUUGGAGAAGAAUCUGGUACAACUUUAUUUCAAGUGCAGUGUAAGAGAGGACAGCUAGUGUAUCCAAGAUGUGUCGAAAGAGGAAAAUAAGUGUGAACUUCAGGCAAGUUCAUAGGAAAGGUAAGAAGUCUCCAAAGGACGUGGCUCAAGGGACAAGAAAAGGAGAAGGCAUUUUAAGAGAAUGUGUGUAAGGGAUGAAAACAUUUAAAAUAUAGAAAUAUGUGAGUUCCACUCAGUAGUUAAUAAUUAAUCUUAAAUAAAAAGUGAAGCAAACAGCUUUAUUUGCUAUUUGAGAACAUUUCAACUAUUCAAAUGAUGCCCUGUAACUACUUUGUAGGAUUCCUUUGAAACUUGCACGUUUGUACUCUUGGGGCUCUGGCCCGUGAGAAUGUUGCAUGGCUGAAGAUCCAAUGAAAAUUCAGGAAUACAGAAAAUGCUUGCCUCACGUCAAUUUUGUAAAAUAAACACAAAAAUGCACCGUGUUCUCCUAUCACUCUGUGUGUCUGAGAAGAGUCUGUCUCCCUUUCUCUGUACUCUUCCAAGAGAAAGCCAAAAACAGAAGGAAGGUCUCCUCCCAGCUUUGUCAUCUUAAACAUUCAGCAAAGAAAGGGGGGGGGGUUGGUUUGUUUGUGAAAGGCAUGAUAAGAAUAACUAUUUUGUGUUUCUGUUAGUGCCUUUCCUCACAUAGCAGAGCCUUCUAAUAGCGUCAGAAUAGCCAAAUAUCUCAGUUCUGUUGUUUCAUGGCAAAAGUGCUAGUUUGGGAGCAGGCAGAUGAUAUGAUAAUGUUUCUUCACCGAGUUUGGCAUGUGCAAAUGUUUUCAAGAUUGGUCUUGUAUUUGUUAACCUUUCUGCUUACGUAACAACCUUGUGUUUAUGCAAGAUUUCUGCCAACUUCAGCAAAAAGCCAUUCAGAUGUAUUUAUAGACUGUAAUUUCUGUAUUCCGGUUAAGUUCUUUCCUCCUCCUUUGAGGAACUCGGAAUGAAGCACGUGAAUAUCUGGGAAAUCUAAGAAGACCCUUCUUUUUAAAGAGCAGACCUAAUGGAAAAGGAGGGAAAAGGAUUCAAGUCUUUCUCUGGAAUAUUUACUGAGAGUAACGUUCGGAGCGAUGUUUGAAUAGAUGGUGGUUUGCUUUCUGAAGUCAUGAUACAGAAUUGCUGGAUUUUAAAAGUCAGUCAGUUCUCAUGGGCCUUGGAUGAUUACAGGAUAGUAAUUUCCGUGGGUUGGACAGAACAGGAGGAUAGUAAUUUCUACUGUGACCUUUCUGUUCUACAGCACAUACAGAUCUAAGACCCCGCUCCACUGAUCCAACGUUAAAGCGACACCUUGGCCCCAGGAGAACAGCCACUCCAACCCAUGGUCAGGUGCUGGAUUCUGGCUGCCCCUGCACGUAGUGGGCUCAGACCCCUCCACAGUGUUGGACACCUGUACAUGGAGUUCCUCUUCCUCCGUCCUGUUGUUUCCACUAUAGGCUGUCAGCAUAAGCUGCUAGAGACCUUUCUAAUCACAUAGACCCUAACCACUUGGUUUUAUCUGUAUGUGAGUCCAGAUAAGGAUCGUCACCAGAAUCUCUACAACCCUCUGGUCUCCCCACCCCAGUGUUUUACAGAAAUUGUGAAGUUGGCAGCUGGCAAAAGAGCAAAUUUGUCCACUGCAGCCUUGCUACCCAGCUUGUAGCAGGUUCGUCUUUUCAGAGCUGGGUAAAUACAGCCAUGUUCUCCCUUACCUGAGCCAUACUUUCAGGUAGUCUUCAGCCCGUGGCAUCAGUGCAGCAGGCUGUUCUUGCUGAGCAUCCUCCUGUACUGGGUCAAAGCCAAAGUGAUCAAACGCAUCCUCUUCUAGGAAUAGUCGUCUUCUACUUGGGUGUGGAGAUCAGAUCCUUUAAAAUCUGCCUGUAUUUUCUCAGGCAAAAAUAAGAAAGCGUGAUCUUGCAUAGGCAGAACGCUUGUGCUUUUCUUGCUUUGUAUAAAUAAACCUACCUACAUGCCUUUUAAUGAAAAUUAUGCAAGCAUAUUAGAGCUGACUGGAAAUGGCUGCUGGAUCAACAGUUGCUGUUUCAGGAAGAUAAUUCAGUGUUUUCCAGGAACCGAGUUACAAAUGAUGCCUGAAGUUAAUGAUCUAUUCGCUGGCAGGAAUGGUGGCAGAUAAUAGAGCACAGACAGGAGUGGCCUGUUCUCCUGGGCUGGGACCAUGGUGUCAGUUUAAAGCGGACCAGAGGAGCAGGGCCUUUUGGUGCUAUACUAAACACAAAGGCUCCUGAGUGGAGAGCCCGAUCUUUCUGAAGCACAGGAGGAUUAGAAGGUGAGGAAGUGAGACAGAGAGAUGGCCCACAGUGAUAUCUGAAAAGCUUUGUCAUAUACUGUUUGUGGGGUUCUUUGCUUCAUAUGGCCUUUCACAAGGGCAGCUGGGAUGGGGCUUUGAGCAACCUGGUCUGCUGGGAGGUGUCCCUGCCCAUGGCAGGGGGUUGGAACUGGAUGAUCUUUAAGGUCGCUUCCAACCCAAACCAUUCUAUGGUAUUGCGAAACUGCCAGGACUCCAUAAACAACAGUGCUUAGGGUCAUGUUGGGCUAGUAAUACAAGUAUUAGACUAGUAUUAACGUAGUAAGCGUUAGUGUUUUCGUUAGGCUGUUAAGGUUUCAUUAAGGCUGUUGAUAAAUUCCUGGCUCCACAUAUACGGUAAUUUUUGCC